AUGUAAAACUUAUGUGAAUCCUUGCUAAACAGAUGGUAUAAUACCAAGUUUAAUUUGACUUAAUAUGUUUAUGAUAUAGAUAAAUAAUUAAGAUAAUAGGACAAAAUAAUUCAUAUUUUGAAUGAAACAAUAUCAAAUGAUGCAGACAUAGAAUAAAGAAUUGAAAAAGUAAAGUAGACCUGUUCCAAAAUUAUUUGGUUUUCAUAUAGGAAAAAUAUUCCAAAAUUUUAAGUGAGCUCAUUAACUUCAGAUACAGGUUGGGGAUGUAUGAUUAGAGUUGCUCAAAUGGCUUUGGCUUAAAUCAUACGAUAUUAUAAUUAUUUUAAAAAGCCAGAAUAAUUGAUAGUUUUAAUUAGACAUUUCAUAGAUGAUGAUGAUAAUGAGUUGACUGAUUUCAUUUAAUAGUUUCAUAAGAACUAAAACUAAUAUUAUCAUGCUCCAUUUUCUAUUUAAAAAAUUGUUCAUUAUGCAAAAGUUGAACUGAAGAAAGAACCUGGAGAUUGGUAUAAAUCUGAUGAAAUACUAUAAACCUUAGACUAUUUAUUUAAAUACUCCCAAUACUCCUUAAAUAUGGAAAUAUAUAUUAAUUAUGAUUGUGCUUUUAUUCUCUAAGAUGCAAUUCAAUAAAUGUUUAAUCAAUAAGAAGGUAAUGAAAUUUGGUUGAAAGAGCGUGCUAAAAAUAAUAAUCAAUUCGAUUUAUAAGAUCACAAAGGCAUUUGUAUUUUCCUUCCUACUCGUAUUGGUCUUCAAAACAUAAAUAAGGAUUAUUUGGAAGUUUUAAAUUAAAUAAUAGCUCUACCUUAUUUUCAAGGAAUGAUAGGUGGAGUAUCGAAAAGAGCCUUAUAUUUUGUAGGUAGAAUUCAAGAUUACCUCAUCUAUUUGGAUCCACAUUUUGUACAAAACGCUCAGAAUUUUGAUGAUCUUUCAAAAAAUCAAGCGUCUUACACCUGUUAAAAUAUAUAAUUGAUACACAAUUCACUUAUUGAUCCAUCUAUUGUUGUUUGUCUCUGUAUUCGUAAUGCACUUGAAUUAUUGGAUUUAUGGCAAAUAUUUUAACAUUUCAAAUAAGAAUACUAAGAUUUAUUUUUUUUUUCACUUUUAGAAACAAAAGCUGAAAUAGAGAAAUCCUUUGAAUAAAUAUUUGGAGAUGAUAAUGAAUUCAUAAACAUUGCAAAAUGA